GGUCUGAGGCUGCGCAGAAUGAAUGCCACGUACUGGUUGACGUUGACAGUCUAAGGAGGACACUUCCUGAUGCUGGUACCCGGGUCUAGCUAGGCUAGCUAACAUAUUUGAUUUUCACGGUUUAGGGAAACCUGUGAAACAGCGCGGACAAGUCGUCUGAUUCAGUGGUGGGAGCAGAAGUGGUCGGACGGCACCAUGAACGGCCAGCUGGACCUGAGCGGGAAGCUGAUCAUCAAAGCCCAGUUGGGCGAUGACAUCAGACGCAUCCCGAUCCAUAACGAAGACAUCACUUAUGACGAGCUAGUGCUGAUGAUGCAACGUGUCUUCAGGGGAAAGCUGCAGAGUAAUGACGAGGUUACCAUUAAAUACAAGGAUGAAGAUGAUGACCUCAUCACCAUCUUUGACAGCUCUGAUCUCUCCUUCGCCAUCCAGUGCAGUAGAAUACUCAAACUGACUUUGUUUGUGAAUGGUCAACCACGACCUUUGGAGUCUAGUCAAGUGAAGUACCUUCGCAGGGAGCUCAUUGAGCUCAGGAAUAAAGUCAACAACCUCCUGGAUAGCUUGGAGCCCCCAACAGAGACCGGUCUGUCUGCUACAGCACACGACAGUGAAUCAAUGGGCGGACAUGAAGGCAAAAUGGUGGCAGCAGACCCCACUGUGAAACAGGCCACUCCAGUCAGUGCAGCCAGCAUGUCAGCCUUCGACCCGUUAAAAAACCAGGACGAGGUCAGCAAGAAUGUCAUCUCCGCAUUUGGCCUGAGCGAGGACCAUGCCCCAGCUCCGCCAGCGGUUGCACUAGAGGAGCGCUCAGGAACCCCUGACAGCAUUGCCUCCUCCUCGUCUGCAGCCCCUCAGCCAGUGGUGGCCCCCCAACCACAGGCUCCCUAUGCUGGAGUACAGCAGGGACCCCAAGCUGGCAUGGAUGGUCAGUUGUAUCAGCAGUACCAGGCUCCAGGUGGAUACCCGCCUCAGCAACCAGCUGCCCCACCUCAGCAGCCGCAGCAGUACGGUAUGCAGUACUCUGGAUACAGUACUCAGCCUGGAGCCCCGCAGCCGCAGCCGCAGCCGCAGCCGCAGCCGCAGCCGCAGCAGCAGCAGCAGCAGUUUCAGAACUACGCGCCUCCCGCCUCCCAGGCUCCAGCCCCCGGUCCGACUGCAGCUCCGGGCUUCCAGGGUGGCCAGCAGCAGCCCCAUCCAACACAGGCAGCCCAGCAGUAUCCACCAGGAGCCUUCCCUCCCCAAAACUAUACCUCCCAGGCCUCCCAGCCUGCCAACUACAGCCUGCCGCCCAGCUCCCAGCCCGGCUCAGGGUACCAACCCCGCCCAGGAUACACCCCGCCUCCAGGCAACACUGUCACCCCUCCACCAGGAUCUGCUAACCCGUACGCCCGCAACCGCCCCCCUUACGGCCAGGGCUACACUCAGCCAGGCCCCGGGUACCGGUAAAAGAGGAUAGCGGAUGUUACUGAUCCUCACACACACCCCCAAACCCCUCCCCUAUGUGUUGCUCCAACAGUUUGGAGUGGGUGCAGGAAACAUGGUUUACUGCUCUGCAUCCCCCCCCCCCCCCCCCCCUUUACAAAUAUCAAGUCCAAACAUGAAACAAGCAACCCCCCCCCCCCCCCCGGUCUGAUGGUUAGUGUUCGUAUGCUGUCUCUCCAACACACCACUCUGCUCUGGCCCUGGUGUCUGUUCUUUGUUAUUUUCCCCUCUUCUCCUGUGACCACCACUGUCCGCUCUGCCCUCGUGUACCUGUUUAAAAAGUAACUAGUCUGUAUGCACACACCUGGGAGACCAAAUCGGGCUGUUGCACAAAACGUUUAUUGUUCUUUUCAUGGUAAUGCUUCAUUUUGCGAGUGAAAUCAGCAUCUUCAUUCUGCAUCGGUGUCAUACAUGUCGGUGACAAACGUUGUCAACCGGUUGUGUCGAGUAUACUAUGUAUAGAUGCAUUUAUAAGACACUAUCUAAAUGAAAAGUUAUCCUUUUGUCGUUUUGUUUUCUGUCUGUUUGUCGUUUUGUUUUUCUUGAUUUGAUCAAUUUCACCACCAUGUCGAUAUUAAUGAUGUGUUAAUGAAACUGCCCCAUGUUGGGAACACUAGCUAAGUGAUGGCUAAUGGGAGGUGUAGAUCCCAGUGUCAUGAAGAAGGCUUCUUUUGUUUAGCUAAUUAUAUCAUCCGCAGUAAGGCUUGCUAUUCCUCUUUUUCUCUUUAUCUUAUCACUGGUUUUUACUAAUAAAUCAAAUUCCACCCUCAAGUGAGAUUAGUUGUUUAUGUAUAAAAUGUAACUACUUUUUUUUUUCUUUCUUGAACCUAAUAAAUGAUUGAGACCCA